UCCAGCCAGGUCGAGCCAGUCAAUCAGUCCACCGGAUCCGCAGCGCUGCUCCGACUAUAGAGCACUCUUGAGGGACAACCGCUCGCCGCUUACGCAGACAGGUCCAUCAGCGAGUCUCGUGUUCUGCUGUGAAUCCACGGAGGACAGUUUUGGAGUCGAGCGCCCUCUUGGUACAGUCUGGCUCAGUGGUAUUAAGAAAGAGCAACAGCAACAGGAAGCAAGCUGGACAGGGGGGAGGUGAGGGAGGACGAGGGCGCUGCCUUUGUCCUGAGACACAGAGUCUGUACCAGCAGUGAUACCGACCCCACCCGCACAUCCACCUCAGGUGGCCAGGAGGCCAUGAGUGCCAGCGCAGAUCACAGAUUGUACAGCCCCUCACAGAAUGGGUGUCUCUUUGCGAGGAGGGUGGUACACGAAAAGGAGGAAACGACAGAAAGAGAAGAGGAAGAUGACGAGGAGGAAGAGGAGGACAAGAGCUCUGACGAAGGACUUCUGCUACAGGCACACCACGCCAUGGAGAGGAUGGAGGAGUUUGUGCACAAGAUGUGGGAGGGCAGAUGGCGUGUCAUUCCACAUGAUGUCCUCCCUGAUUGGCUGAAGGAUAAUGAUUUCUUGUUGCAUGGGCACCGGCCGCCCAUGCCCUCCUUCAGAGCUUGUUUCAAGAGCAUCUUCAGAAUCCAUACAGAAACAGGCAACAUUUGGACACAUCUUCUGGGCUGCCUGUUCUUUCUCUGUCUGGGCAUUGUGUACAUGUUCAGGCCCAAUAUGUCGUUUGUGGCCCCGUUCCAGGAGAAGAUUGUCAUCGGCACGUUCUUCCUGGGGGCCAUUCUCUGCCUGUCUUUCUCCUGGCUCUUUCACACAGUCUACUGCCACUCAGAGGGGGUGUCCCGUGUCUUCUCAAAGUUAGAUUAUUCGGGCAUUGCGUUCCUGAUCAUGGGCAGUUUUGUACCUUGGCUAUAUUACUCUUUCUACUGCUCCCCUCAGCCCUGUUUCAUAUACCUAAUAGUGGUGUGUAUUCUGGGGGUCGCUGCCAUCACAGUCUCACAGUGUGAUUUCUUCUCCACGCCACAGUACCGUGGAGUCAGGGCCGGUGUGUUUGUGGGUCUCGGCCUCAGUGGAGUCGUCCCCACGCUGCACUUUAUGAUCACCGAGGGCUUCCUGAGGGCCACCACCAUGGGUCAGAUGGGCUGGCUGUUCCUCAUGGCUGUCCUGUACAUCACCGGAGCCUGCCUGUACGCUGCACGCAUCCCCGAGAGAUUCUUCCCUGGCAAGUGUGACAUCUGGUUCCACUCCCAUCAGCUGUUCCAUAUCCUGGUGGUAGCAGGUGCUUUUGUGCACUUCCACGGUGUUUCCAACCUGCAGGAGUUUCGUUACACAGCUGGCGGAGGCUGUGCGGAGGAGGGUGGCGUGUGAGCCCCGUGUCCUGCGGUGCUUGAAACGCACCACUAGAGGGACAACGUUCCUCUUACCUUUGCCGCCAACAACUGUUCCUCCUGCCCAUGAGGGGUAAACCUAAGAGGACAGCACUGAACGACAAAGUUACCCACCUUUAUUUUUCUUAUUUUUCUCUUUCCGUUUCUGGUUUGUUCUCUGUUUUGCCCCUUAAAUAAACUACAUCAAGGGAUAAGGUGGACACAGGUUGAGGAUGGCAGUUUGUGUUUCCUAAGAUCAUAUAUUGAGAAAGAGGAGGCUUUUUGGCUUGGUCUAUUGCUGUUUGGUGGUCUGUUGCUGUUUUUUCUUUGCACAAGAAAAAGUGUUAAACUCAAAAACAAACAGCAACAA